AUGACAACAUUAACGCAGGAUAUGCUUCCUGAAUCAUGUACAUUACUUAUUAAGUAUUGCGAUAUGAUUUGGUCCAUCAAUGAAUCGAAUUACAAAACAAUUUUAGAAGCAAUUUCAAAUUGUAUCGAAACAGACCUGCUCUCGAUUGAGCAAAUCCUACAAAUUUCUGACUUCAUUGCAGAGACAAGGCCGAAUGAUUUGAGAUAUGUCUUCAAAGUUUGCAAAAAACUUUUACAAAAAAAUAAUUUACAGAAUGGAUACUCAUUAUUCACUAGAUCGCAGCAUUUACGCGCAUUACUUGUUAAAGAGAACCUCAUUACCGGUUUCAUACCCCCUCAAUUCAUUCCUAAAACCCAAGAUGAAAUUUUCGAAAUCUUCCAACCACAGUCGUUCGAACAUGCCAUACUCUGGGAUGACUUAGACCAUCUCCAAAAACUCUGUCUCUACCCAGAGUUUGACUACAAUAUCUCUCUAAACGGAACUACUUUAAUUGAUAUGUCAACAAAGUACGGAUCCGUCACUUGCUUCCGUUAUCUGCUCAUGAACAAUGCUCGAAUCACAAAUAUUACCCUUGAAAACUCAUUUAUCGGUAACAAUUACGAGAUUGUUCAUAUUUGUGAAAGAUCUCUUCCUAUUACAGCGAUUUGUAUGAUAAAUGCUGUUCACAACUAUCAUAACGAGACAGUACAAUACUUACAAACCAAAUAUAGGCUUGAUUACACAUGGUCUAAUGCGUUUUAUUCAUGUAAUUUACCAUGUUUCUUCAACAAACUAUUUUUAACAAAUGACAUCAAUUCUGUUGAUUCCCAAGGCAAUAAUGCAUUGAUGGUAAGUGUUAAAGCAGGUAUUUGUCCUGUUGUUGAGUUUCUUUUGGACAACAACGCUAUGAUUGAUAAAAAGAAUGGACAAGGAAAUACUCCUUUGAUGUUGGCCGCUCAAAACAACCAAACAAAAGUCAUUUCUCUUCUUUUGAAGAGAGGAAGCCAAAUGGAGAUGCAAGGAUCGAAUGGAAAAACUCCUUUGUUGCAUGCAGCUUCUUGUGAUAAACUAGAAAGUGUUGUUUUACUUCUGAAAAAUGGUGCAAAUAUCGAAAGUAAAGAUGGAAAUGAAAGAACACCUUUGAUUUACGCAUCAAUGAAUGGAAAAACAGAUAUUGUGAAUGUUCUACUUGAUUUCGGAGCAAACACAGAAGCAAGGGAUCAUCAGAUGUGGACAUCUUUAAUGAUCGCUUCUCAUUAUAAUCGCGUUGAAGUUGUCAAACUCCUUUUGGAAAGAAAUGCUGAUAAAGAAGCUGCUGAUGUCCAAAAUUUGACUUCAAUUCUGAUUGCAACUGAGAAUAACAAUGUUGAUGUUGUUAAACUACUUGUUGACAAAGGUUGUAAUAUAGAGGCAUGCGGAUUCAAUGGAAUGACUGCUUUGUUGAGUGCAAAUUCUAAAAACUAUGUUAACAUCAUGAAAAUUUUGCUGGAAAAGAAUGCAAAUAUCGAACAUCAUGAUGUUAAUGGAAGAACUCCUUUGAUUUACGCAGCUAUGAAUAAUAAUGUUGAAGCGUUUAAAUUACUUAUUGAAUAUAAGGCUGAUAUCAAUGCUACAGAUAAUGAUGGAUUUAAUUCAUUGAAUUACGCAACACAAAAUAACUGUGAACAAAUUUUGGAAAUUCUUUCAGGACUUUCUAAAUAA